AAUUUACAGAACCAUGGCUUCCAUUACUAAUUCUCAUUAUAUAUUGUUGUUUCUUAUCUUUUUUACUUUUAUUGUAUUUACUUUAGCAUUAGAUUUAUCAAAUGUUGCAGCAGAAGCACCAGACGGCUUGUUACCUCUGUCCAAAAAGCACGUUUUAAUUCGCAACACUGUUCAGAACGGACAAGUUUUGAAUAUACAUUGCAAAUCCAGUGAGGAUGAUUUGGGGCAUAUCCGUCUUAAACAUGGGGAUACUUGGGGUUUCAGAUUUCGUGUUAACAUGGCACUAACUACGAGAUUUCGUUGUCACUUUUGGUGGUAUGCACGCGACCAUCUAGGCCAUUAUAGUUACUGGUUUGAUAUAUUUACUGUAUACAGAGACGAUAAUCCAUUUGGAAAAUAUCCAAUUUGCGAUGAAUGCGUUUGGAAUAUGUACGAAUUAAGUGAAAACUUUAUUUGUCGUAUAAAUCGUGAUCAAUCUGGAUGGUGUUUUAAAAUGGACAGAGAAAAUUAAGAAGAAAACACAUUAUCGUUCGAUGUAUCUUAUCCUAAUACAAUCAUUAAAAUUGAUUGAAUAAAAUAAAAUCGUUGAUACUA